AUCGUUGUUAUCGAUUGUCAUAUUUUCUGCACUUAACUGAAUUCAUCUUUUGAAUUUUGUUUUACGUUCGUGUAUUUGGAGAAACUAUCAGGAAACAUGGCUUCCACAGCGGCAGGAAAACAGAGAAUACCGAAAGUGGCGAAGGUGAAAAACAAAGCUCCGGCCGAAGUUCAGAUCACUGCCGAACAGUUGCUCAGAGAGGCUAAAGAGAGGGAACUAGAGCUUCUACCACCGCCACCCAAACAGAAGAUCACAGAUGAAGAAGAGCUGAAUGAUUACAAGUUAAAGAAGAGGAAAGGAUUUGAAGACAAUAUCAGGAAGAAUCGUACCGUUAUCAGCAACUGGAUAAAGUACGCACAAUGGGAGGAGAGCCUCAAGGAGGUCCAGAGAGCGCGCUCCAUCUACGAGCGAGCUCUGGACGUGGACCACCGGAACAUCGCUCUGUGGCUGAAAUACGCCGAGAUGGAGAUGAAGAACCGCCAGGUGAACCACGCGCGGAACAUCUGGGACAGAGCCAUCACCAUCCUGCCCCGGGUUAACCAGUUCUGGUACAAGUACACCUACAUGGAGGAGAUGCUGGGCAACGUGGCCGGCUGCCGGCAGGUGUUUGAGCGCUGGAUGGAGUGGGAGCCGGAGGAGCAGGCCUGGCACUCCUACAUCAACUUUGAGCUGCGCUACAAGGAGGUGGAGAAGGCCCGCUCCACCUACGAGAGAUAUAUCCUUACCCCCCCUGAGGUGAAGAACUGGAUCAAAUACGCUCAUUUUGAGGAGAAGCACGGCUACAUCGCGCACAGCAGGAAGGUGUACGAGAGGGCGGUGGAGUUCUUCGGGGAGGAGAACAUCAACGAAAACCUCUACGUGGCCUUCGCCAGAUUCGAAGAGAAGCAGAAAGAGUUUGAGCGGGUUCGCGUCGUCUACAAAUACGCUCUGGACCGGAUCCCCAAGCAGAAGGCGCAGGAGCUCUUCAAGAGCUACACCGUCUUUGAGAAGAAGUUCGGAGACAGGAGGGGCAUCGAAGACGUCAUUGUCAACAAGAGGAGGUUUCAGUACGAGGAGGAGGUCAAGGCGAAUCCCCACAAUUACGAUGCCUGGUUUGAUUACCUCCGCCUGGUGGAGAGUGAUGCAGAUCCCGACACUGUCAGGGAGGUUUAUGAGAGGGCCAUCGCCAAUAUGCCCCCGAUCCAAGAGAAGAGACACUGGAGGAGGUACAUCUACCUUUGGAUCAACUACGCCCUUUAUGAGGAGCUGGAAGUCAAGGAUCCUGAGAGAACGAGGCAAGUCUAUCAGGCCUGUCUUGACCUCAUCCCUCAUAAGAAGUUCACAUUUGCCAAAAUCUGGUUGUUGUAUGGCCAGUUUGAAAUACGGCAGAAGAAUCUUGUGUUCGCCAGACGAGGUCUGGGUACGGGUAUAGGCAAGUGCCCGAAGAACAAGCUUUUCAAGGGUUACAUCGAGCUGGAGCUCCAGCUGAGAGAGUUCGACCGCUGCCGGAAGCUGUACGAGAAGUACCUGGAGUUCGCCCCGGAGAACUGCACCACCUGGAUCAAGUUCGCCGAGCUGGAGACCAUCCUGGGAGACACGGAGAGGGCGCGCGCCAUCUUCGAGCUGGCCAUCGGGCAGCCUCGCCUGGACAUGCCCGAGGUGCUGUGGAAGUCGUACAUCGACUUUGAGAUCGAGCAGGAGGAGUACGCUAACACGCGAGAGCUUUACAAGAGGCUGCUUCAGCGCACUCAGCACGUGAAGGUCUGGAUCAGCUACGCUCACUUCGAGCUGUCGGUGGAGGGCCCGGAGCGGCUGGCCCGGUGCCGGCAGAUCUACGAGGAGGCCAACAAGGGCAUGCGCGGCUGCGAGGAGAAGGAGGAGCGCCUCAUGCUGCUGGAGUCCUGGCGCGACUUCGAGGCCGAGUUCGGCGGCGACGCCACGCGCGACCGCGUCAGCAAGCUGCUGCCCGAGAAGGUCAAGAAGAGGAGGAAGCUGACCGCCGAGGACGGGUCGGACGCUGGCUGGGAGGAGUACUACGAUUACAUCUUCCCCGAGGACGCGGCCAACCAGCCCAACCUCAAGCUGCUGGCCAUGGCCAAGAUGUGGAAGAAGCAGCAGCUACAAGACGAGGUGGACGAGGAUGAGGAGGAGGAGCUGGCCAGGGAGAGGGAGCUGGAGUUGGAGAAGAUGGCGAAACAGAGGGAGGAAGAGGAAGAGGGAGAGAGGGAGAAGGAGGGGGAGGAGGACGACGAGGAAGAGGAGGAGGAGGAGGAGGAGGAGGGAGAGGGCGGCUCCGUACGGCCAGGGAAGAAUGGCGAUCACCAGCAGGAUAAAGACCCCAAGGAGGCAGCGAAUGAUGACCGGGAUGACGACGACGAAAGCAGCAGCAGUAGCAGCAGCAGCGGUAGCCGUAGCCGUAGUGGUAGCGGUAGCGGUAGCGGCAGCAGCAGCGGCAGCGAUAGCGGAAGUGACAGCGACAGCGACGCCAAUGACAAAGCCAAGAAAGUCAAAGGCGGAAAAGACAAUAAAGACAAAAAAGAUGAGGACUAAUGUCCGAAGAAUUCUUCUCUCAAAGUGACUGUGUUGGCCUCCACUCUUUGUCAGGGCUUCAUUCUGGUUUCUUUCUGCUUUUUUAUACAAAAAAAUAAUAAAUAAAUCCCUUUUGUGAUCUUGUCAUCGA